GCCUACUCCCUCUUUCUGGGAAGUGUUGGUCUGCAAUAAACCAGCCCAGCUCUUUCAGAUGCAAAGAUCUUUUGCUGCAAGCAACGGAUUUUCAAACCUGGCUCUGAUUCUAGUCUUGAAACAGAUGUCUGGUGCCAUGAGCAGUGCUUUCCUCACCUGCCUCCUUUAUAUUUUCAUACCUGCAGGUAAGUGUUUUGUGAUUCAUGGUUGGUGGGGGGGGGGGGCUCAGCGAGGUGCAGGACCAAACUUUGGCUUGUAUGUGCUGAGCAUUGGGUCUCCCGUCCAUUCCUCCACUUUUAAAACACUUUUUUAAAGGUUUGCAUAUGGUUCAGCUGGGCAUGCCGAAAUUCCCAGUGUGACCACAGCUGUUUGGUGCCAUAAUUUGCCCAGAGGCACUUGGUACCUUGAUGCUAAUUUGAUUUGGGACCUUUGUGUCCCCCAGAGUCCUUGAAGCACUUAAGAAAUGGCCCUGAUUCAUGGGUCCCCAGUGUUCUGUUCAGGGCUCAUUCUAGAAAGCAUGGGUCAGAGAGGUUUUUGGUUUGUCCUAUGCUUUCUAGACCCUGGUCCACAUGGUUUUUUGUUUCUCCCUCCGCUUUCCCUUGGAAAACCCACUGUUUACUGUUGAAUCGGAACAAAUGUCUACCUGCGGAAAAACCGAUUAUUCUGAAUCAGUGGUAAACGGUGGGUUUUCCUGGGGAAAAGCUGUAUGGACCAGCGCUCAGUGUGGGAAAGUGGGAGGGAGUGAAAUAAGGACACACUCCAUUCUCAUGCACUGUGAACAGAGCAAACAAUAUGAAUCUUAAAACAUAGGCGCUACUGCAGAGCCGUGGUUUCAGUGUUGUUUCAAGUGCUCAAGCUAUAUAUAUCAUUUAUGGUUUUCUUAUUUGUCGAGGAUUGGAAUUUAGGCUAUUUCUGCUAGGGGUUACUUUUGUGCUUAAGCAUUUAUUUAUUUAUUUUGCUUUGUUAUUAGGUUAUUAUGUUUUACUCAAAGUUGCCUUGGGAGACUUCCAGCCGUUAAAGGCAGCCUAUAAAUAUUUCAAAUGCAUUAGUGGAAUAAACAACACUUGCCUCCAGCCUCCCCCCAAAUAUCUUGCUUAUUGUAUUGAUUGAUUCUGAUUCCUAGCAUUACUUUGCCUCUGAGUGCUCUGUUUAAAACAACCGACACAUUCCGCUAGUGGGCCUGAAGGUUUGUAUAUUGUUUUGCAAAGCACUUACAUAGGAUCAGUUCGCCUUUAAGUUUUGCCCAUAUUCAUAACCUAAUCGUCACACCCCUUUGUAUGCCGAGCCAGUUACUGUGCUCUGUAAGUGAGGUUUUCUGCAGAUGCCACCUUAUCAGGACAUCCGUUCCACACAGUGUACGAACUGGGCCUUUAGUGUGGCGGUAUCUGCCCCUUGGAAUGCCUUCCCCUUGAUUAUUAAACAGGUGCCACUUCUGUUGUCUUUUUGGCACCUGCUGAAAACCUUACCCUUCCAGUGUGGUGUAGUGGUUAAGAGUGGUAGACUCGUAGUCUGGUGAACCAGGUUCGCGUCUCCGCUCCUCCACAUGCAGCUGCUGGAUGACCUUGGGCUAGUCACACUUCUUUGAAGUCUCUCAGCCCCACUCACCUCACAGAGUGUUUGUUGUGGGGGAGGAAGGGAAAGGAGAUUGUUGGCUGCUUGGAGACUCCUUAGGGUAGUGAUACAGUGGGAUAUCAAAACCAAACUCUUCUUCUUCCACCAAGUCUUUUCAGCUGAGAUCUUUCAGAUCUGCAUUGGAAUUGUUUCUAAGUUUUUUAAAAAACUAAUUCAUCCCCUGUUGUUUGACACCCUGGGCUCCUUUGGUAAGAAGGGCAGGAUAUUUUAAAGAAGCUGACCUUUCAGUGUGGCAGCACCCACACUUCGAACCUCGCUUCUAAUUCACAUCAGGUGGGCUCCUUCACCGUACUCUUUCUGACUACUGCUAAAAUGAUUUCUGUUUCAACAAGCCUACCCGGAAUCAUGGGACGUGGGUGGUGCUGUGGGUUAAACAACAGAGCCUAGGACUUGCAGAUCAGAAUGGGCUCCCGUUGCUUGGUCCCUGCUCCUGCCAACCUAGCAGUUCAAAAGCACAUCAAAGUGCAAGUAGAUAAAAAGGUACCGCUCCAGCGGGAAGGUAAACGGCAUUUCCAUGCACUGCUCUGGUUCACCAGAAGCAGCUUAGUCAUGCUGGCCACAUGAUCCGGAAGCUGUACACUAGCUCCCUUGGCCAAUAAAGCGAGAUGAGCACCGCAACCCCAGAGUUGGUUAUAACUGGACCUAAUGGUCAGUGGUCCCUUUACCUUUACCUUUACCCAGAACCACAGAAAGUUGAUUUGUGUUUCAAUGUUUUGUUUUGUUUUGUUUUGUUCUUUUUUUAAAAAAAAAACUUGCCGUGGAUUUUAAAUAUUUUUGGAAGGUUUUAUAAAGCUGUUCUAAACUCUUUUUAUUGUUUCAUUCUUUCUGUAAACUGCUUUGAGGUGAGGGGUUUUUUAAAAAACAAUGAAGUGGUUUAUAUAUUUGAUGAAAUAAAAUAACUAAAAUAAAUAUAAAUAAAAUGUUCUGUGGCUUUUUUUUUUUUUUAGUCCUGACAAUUAAAAGAAGCCUGCUGACACCUGUUUUCCUUUUCCUUUAAGGGUUUUCCCUGGAGUGCUGGAGUUGUGAAACAACUGGAAGGAACUGCCAAGGGCAGAGGCAAACUUGCCCCAUUGAUUACGAAGAAUGUGGUGUCCUUCAGUUGGAGAGGUCAUUUGGUAAGGGCAAAGGGCCUGAAUUUGUGGGGAAAGUUUGGAAUUGUUUUGACUUUUCUCUUUCAUGCACCUGGGCUGAUUGGAUCAUGCAGGAUAGGUACUCCUCAUCUGCACCUUAAAUUAACAACAGUAUCAUACCACUUUAAACAGACUUCCCCUAAACAAUCCUGGGAAAUGUACCGGUAGUUCACUAAAGGAACUGAGAGCUGUCCACCCCUAAAUGUGUUCUGCAGGGUCUCCCAGAGUAUGUUUUGGAAAGGGGCAGGCAAAGGCAGAUUUAGGAGAGCCUGACUUGUUUGCCUGCACUGGGUGCUAAGCCAAGAGGGUGCCACAGGGGUUGCCACAGUGAUGUAGAUCAGAAGGCGAGAGGUAGUGGGGUUCCAAAUUUUGAAACCGCUGAAAUUUGAGUGUCCAAUAUCUGCCAAGGCAUGUAUCUGCCAAGGAAAGGUAACUUCCCCCAAUCACCCAUCAAAAUUGGUUUAAACUGGUAUCUUUGUUGAUUGUAUUGAUGGUGACUUCUCUGUAUUAUUGCUAUUUUAUUCUGUUUGUAUAGUUACUGUUAACUGCCUUGAACACCAUUUGGUGGAAAGGCAGGGUACAAAUUUAGCGAAUGAAUACAAAAUAAUAACUGUGCAGGGGGAAGAGGUGGGGAAAUCCAGCGGUGCUACCUGGGGUUGAUGGGAGUUGUAGUCCAAACCAUCUGGUGGGCACCAGAUUGAUGGACAAAAGUGGGCUCGAUGGAGCUAACCGUAGCUGCAACCAGGUCCAUAAUAACAUUAGGACAAUAAGAUGUUGAGCUCAGUGGCCAGGAAUUUUCUUGCAGCGGAUACUUCUCUGCUGUAUCAAACAUCACCUCUCUUUUCCUAUCCCUACAGGACAAAAUAAGCAGACCACUGUGAAGAACUGCACCCAAUCUAACAACUGUGGCAAAGAACUUGCAGUUUUCAAUAUGGGCAAGAGGCGGACAAUACUGGGCAAGAUUUCGUGUUGCACAGCAGAUGACUGCAAGAGCAUUAACCCCUGUAGGUGACUUUUAUGCCUCCUUAUCUCUCCCUGCUUACCAUAAUUAAGUCUGGGGGGGGGGGGACGACGACUAUCCAAUAUCUUCUUUCUUCCACACACACCUUUUCCAUUUUAAUCUCACUGGGCUUGUAUCAGUGAAUGGCUUGAUCCAGGGUUUGCCGAAGUGGUCUCAAGGGCACCAAUAUGCCCUCCGGCACCUACUAGGGCACCUCUCAAAACUCUGCCAUGCAGGAAGAAGAGAAGAGUUUGGAUCUGAUAUCCUGCUUUAUCACUACCCUAAGGGACGCGGGUGGUGCUGUGGUCAAAACCACAGAGCCUAGGGCUUGCCGAUCGGAAGGUCAGCGGUUCGAAUCCCGUGAUGGGGUGAGCUCCCAUUGCUUGGCCCCUGCUCCUGCCCACCUCGCAGUUCUAAAGCACAUCAAAGUGUAAGUAGAUACGGCUAAUAAAUGUGGAAAACUGUUAGCGUGGCAAAUGAAAAAAGACAAAAACUUAAUACCAUUACCAACUUGGAAGUGGAAGGAAAGAACAUCCAGAAUCCAGUGGAAAUUAGAAAAUGCUUCCAGAGGUACUUUAAACAGCUAUAUACACAAGGGCCACAGAAAGAGUGUGAUUUAGACAAAUUUUUAAAAACAAAUGGACUUCAAAAAAUCUCUCAAGAAAAUAAGUUAAUGUUGAAUUACAAAAUAACAGAACAGGAGGUGGAAGGUGCCAUUCAGAACAUGCAGUUGGGCAGAUCUCCAGGGCCAGAUGGCUUAACCUCAAAAUAUUAUAGGUCCUUGAAGGAUUGGAUAAUUCAACCAUUAAAGGAGGUUUGCAAUGAAAUUUUGGAGGGGAAAAAAGUGCCAGAGUCGUGGAAGGAAGCUUAUAUUACACUAAUACUGAAAAAUGAGUCUGAAAAAACACAACUUAAGAACUACCGCCCCAUAUCCCUGCUUAAUGUGGAUUAUAAAAUUUUUGCAGAUAUUUUGGCUAAAAGGUUAAAAAAGUAUUAGUGGAGGAGAUACAUAAAGACCAAGCUGGCUUUCUCCCGGGCAGACACUUGUCUGACAAUACGAGGAAUAUAAUCAACAUUUUGGAGAUGCUACAAGUGAAUAUUAAUACUAAAGCUGUUUUAAUUUUUGUAGAUGCGGAGAAAGCCUUUGAUAAUAUUUCUUGGAGUUUUAUGAAGAAAAAUCUUCAGGGGAUGGGGGUUGGUCAAGGGUUUGAAAAUGGUAUAAGUGCAAUUUACUCAGAACAAAAGGCUAAACUAAUAGUUAACAAUGUGGUGACAGAGGAAUUUAAGAUAGAGAAAGGGACACGACAAGGCUGCCCAAUUUCCCCAUUGCUGUUUAUUUCGGUCCUGGAGGUUUUGCUAAAUAUGAUCAGAAGGGACCGUCUGAUUAAAGGUAUACAGGUCGGAGCUAAACAGUACAAAUUGAAAGCUUUUGCAGACGAUUUAGUAUUGACGUUACAGGAGCCAGAAUCUAGUACUAAAAGAGUAUUAGAAUUGAUUCAGGAAUUUGGUCAUGUGGCAGGAUUUAUGUUGAACAAGUUAAAAACUAAGGUGCUUGAGAAAAAUUUAACACCGAUUGAGAAAGAGAGGUUUCAGAAGGAGACAGGUUUAACAUUGGUUAAGAAAGUAAAAUACCUGGGGGUUAACAUGACCGCUAAGAAUUUAAACCUAUUUAAAGACAAUUAUGAGAAAUGUUGGUCAGAAGUGAAAAAGGAUUUAGAGAUAUGGUCAAACUUGAAGCUUUCCUUGUUAGGUCGAAUUGCUGUUAUAAAGAUGAAUGUAUUGCCAAGAAUGUUAUUUUUGUUUCAAUCAUUGCAAAUCUUGGACAAAAUGGACUGUUUCAAGAAGUGGCAGAGAGACAUUUCUAGAUUUGUCUGGCAGGGCAAGAAGCCCAGAAUAAAAUUUAAAAUAUUAACCGAUGCAAAGGAUAGAGGUGGAUUUGCCCUGCCAGACAUUAAACUUUAUUAUGAAUCAGCAGCAUUCUGCUGGUUGAAAGAAUGGCUGCUUCUUGAGAACACAGACAUUUUGGAUUUAGAAGGUUUUAAUAAUGUUUUUGGGUGGCAUGCAUAUUUGUGGUAUGACAAGGUUAAAGCACAUAAAGCAUUUAAAAACCAUAUUGUCAGGAAAGCAUUGUUAAAUGUCUGGAUAAGAUAUAAGGACUUACUUGAAAACAAAACCCCAAGGUGGUUGUCACCGAUGGAAGCAAAGGCUCAGAAAAGGCUCAAUAUGGAGGCCAAAUGGCCGAAAUAUUGGGAAAUUUUGGAACAAGAAGGAGACAAAUUGAAAUUGCAGAGUUUUGAGAAAUUAAAAGACAAAGUGCGAGACUGGCUUCAUUAUUAUCAGAUAAUGGAGGCAUACAAUUUGGAUAAGAAAAUUGGCUUCCAGGUGGAAAAAUCAAAAUUGGAAACAGAACUGUUAGAACCCAAAACUAAGAUUUUGUCAAAAAUGUAUAACUUGCUGUUGAAAUGGAAUACUCAGGAUGAAACGGUGAAAUCUGCUAUGAUUAAAUGGGCACAAGAUCUUGGACAUAAUAUUAUGUUUGCUGACUGGGAACAGUUGUGGACCACAGGCAUGAAAUUUACGGCAUGUAAUGCCCUAAGAGAGAAUAUUAUGAAAAUGAUAUACAGGUGGUACAUGACCCCAGUCAAGCUUGCAAAAAUCUACCAUUUGCCCGAUAAUAAAUGUUGGAAAUGUAAAGAAAAUGAAGGUACAUUCUUUCACCUUUGGUGGACGUGCCCAAGGAUCAAGGCUUUCUGGGAGAUGAUAUAUAAUGAAUUGAAAAAGGUAUUUAAAUAUACCUUCUUGAAGAAACCAGAAGCCUUUCUCCUAGGCAUAGUCGGCCAAUUGGUGCCAAAGAAGGACAGAACUUUUUUUAUGUAUGCCACAACAGCAGCAAGAAUUCUCAUUGCAAAGUAUUGGAAGACACAAGAUCUACCCACCUUGGAAGAAUGGCAGAUGAAGGUGAUGGACUAUAUGGAAUUGGCGGAAAUGACUGGCAGAAUCCGAGACCAGGGAGAAGAGUCGAUGGAAGAAGAUUGGAAAAAGUUUAAAGACUAUUUACAGAAAUAUUGCAAAAUUAAUGAAUGUUAGAAUGAUGUUGGAUAGAAACUAAGUGGUCUUUAGCUGAAAUGUUAUAAGGGAAUAUGAAAAAAUGGUUUAUUAAUAGGUAAAAAUCUAAAAUUACAAUAUUUUAUGAUUAAUGAUUAGGAUACAUAAAGAGGGGAGGGAUUUCUUGAACUAAUAACAGAACUGGAAUACAAAAAAGGGAGGUGUGAGGAGGUCCUGGAAAUAAGCAAAUGAAGGCUAAGCAAUGGAAGGAAUGAAUUGUUUUUAACUAUUUUUACUUUGUAUUUUCUCUUUUUUCUUUUUCUUUUUGUUUUGUAAUACUCUGAAAAUCUUAAUAAAUAUCUUUAAAAACAACAAAAAAAACAAAGUGUAAGUAGAUAAAUAGGUACUGCUCCGGUGGGAAGGUAAACGGCGUUUCCGUGCACUGCUCUGGUUUGCCGGAAGUGGCUUAGUCAUGCUGGCCACAUGACCCGGAAGCUGUAUGCCAGCUCCCUCGGCCAGUAAAGCAAGAUGAGCGCCGCAACCCCAGAGUCAUCUGCGACUGGACCUAACGGUCAGAGGUCCCUUUACCUUUACCUUUAAGGAGUCUCAAAGUGGCCAGUCUCCUUUCCCUUCCUCCACCACAACAAACACUCUGUGAGGUGAGUGAGGCUGAUAGACUUCAGAGAAGUGUGACUAGCCCAAGGUCACCCAGCAGCUGCAUGUAGAGGAGUGGGGAAGCAAACCUGGUUCACCAGAUUACGAGUCCACCACUCUUAACCACUACACCACACUGGUUCUCAGGAGAGGCUGUUUGCUGUUCCUCCUCAUUUCCCGCUUCUGCUGGCUUAACUUCUUGUUCCUUGAAGAUACACCCUAAGACAUGCCUGCAUUUCAAUGGGUACCAGUGGGCUGGGCCUCUACUCUGUUCUGAACGGAGGAGAGGUGCAAAUAACUUCUCUGCGUGUGACAGUGAUAUGCAAAUGUCAUAAAUAAUAAUAAUUUGGUUGCAAUGUCUUAUCUUAUCUCAGGUCUACCUGUCUCCUCUUUCUUGCAGUGCGUCCUAGAAAAACCACAGUUAAUAAAUUUAGAUGCCCGUCUUGCUAUUCUGUGCAUGGCGUGUGUGUGGAAGAGUCUAUGGAAUGUUCCGGAGAUGAGCACUAUUGCGCUCAGUUGUUUCAGACCCCAAGUACAGGUAAGUCAUUUUGACGUGCUCAAGAUUACCCGAUAAGAAACAUCUGCCCUUCCUAAUUCUUCUGUGUAUUUUCAACUUUACACAUGAAGAGGGAUUUGUUUGUUAAACCACCAUGGGAAUUAUAGCUCGGGGAAGUGGCGGGAAUUGCCUCCUAACUAUUCCCAGAAUGGUUUAGCAAGCAACACUCUCCUCCCAGGGAACCCUGGAGAUUGUAGCUUCGUGAGCAGAAAAGCUCUCAGCACCCUUAAAAAACUAGAACGUGGAAUGUUCCCAGAAUGUGGCCCGAGUCCCUUUUCACAUCCUUGGGUAGUUUUGACAGCAGCUUUCAUAUGCAAUAGCCCACUGAGGGUUGCCACCUGUCCUGUAUCAUACAGGAUUGUCCUGUAUUUCAAUGUAAAAUGCUACAUCCUGUGAUGAUACAGCUUUGUUCUGUAUUUCAGGUCUUCUCUCUUUCUCUCUCUCUCUCUCUCUCUCUCUCUCUGCCAAGUUAGGGAACCUUUUCAAAUGCAUGUCUUUGAAAGGGUGUGUGAACAGGCAUGUAUGUAAGCUCUGGGUAGCCAAACACAGACAGAUUUAUAAAUUCAUGUGUAUGUGUGUUUACAUGUGUGUGUACCAAAUUCCAGAGGGGCCACCCUGUUAGGCUGCAAGACAUUGCAAGAUAUUGCUUUGAAGUCACUUCAGCACCAGAUGGGGAAAAAAAAUCGUUCCCCAACCACCCCGCCCUGCCCUGUCCCGUAUUUUGCCAAAGCAAAAUAGGCCUCCUCUGUCCUAGUUUCUCCACUUCCUGCAUCUGGUUCUUGGCCAAAUAGCAAUCCACAGAGAAUUAAGAAUAGCAUCAGAGAAUUGUAGCAUUGGAAGGGACCCCGAGGGUCAUCUAGUCCAACCCCUGCUGUGCAGCAAUCUUUUUGCUCCAUGUGGGGCUCCAACCCACGACCCUGAGAUCAAGAGUCUUAUGUGAGCUAUCGAGAGGGAGAAGAGUUUCAGGGCCCUUCCAUUCUCCCGAUGUUGACUGCCAUCUCCUGCAAUUCUCUCUGCAGGAGGGAACACUGUGACCAUCAUGAAAGGGUGUGGAAACAAGGCUUACUGUGAUCAGAUGGAGAAGUUUGCCUCUGCAGCCAAGAUGAGGUUACUUGAGACAAGCCAUUGUGUACUAGCCUCCAGAGCAGCUAGCAUCAUUCCAGAAUUGUUUGGACUUUUCCUCUUCAGCCAUGCUGGGCUCCUGUUUGUGACAGGCCUUCCGUGAUCCCUGAGCGAUUUUGCCUUUCCACUCAGGCGUUAUCCAGAACGUCGCCUUUUUGUGAAGAACGUAGAGCUAAGAGAGUAAAAUCUUCCAGGAAAUAUUUUCAAAAGAAAGAGCGCUUCCUAUAUAUAUAAUAUAAUUUUAUUAUUUAUACCCCGCCCAUCUGGCUGGGUUUCCCAGCCACUCUGGGCGGCUUUCAACAAAAUAUUGAAAUACAGUUAUUUUAUUUUUAUUAUUUAUAUUUUGGAAGGAGAACGGACACACGUGUAGCAUUUGUAAUGCUGCAGAUGAUGAGGAAACACGUUUUGAAUAGUAACUCUUUCGCUGCUGUAGUUCAGCGAUGGGGAACCUGAAGCCCUCCAGAUAUUGCUGGACAACGAUACAAAUAUUUAUAAAAAAAUCUAUUUAUGGACUGCUAUUUCAUUUUUUUAAAUCCGCAAAGUGCGUAAAAUCAUACAGUAAAAACAUAUGAAAAAGUUGAAAACAGACACCAAUUAACCACUGUGGAAAGCUGUAUUCUUAAUUGCCUGCCUAGGUCUGGGGGAAUAGAAAGGUUUUCAGCAGGCAUUUAAAAGUUGGAACAAAAGGUACCUGCUGAACUCUCUUGCAGUGUUCCACAAGGCUGGGCUGAUGAUGUCAUCAAGCGCACCUCACAAACUUGGGGAAUGAGCAACAACACUCACGCAGAUGCAGAGACGCCAGGUUGCUGCCCCCCCCCCAAGACCGAGGAGCCCUGGCAUGUGGUGCGCAUGUGUGACAUCAUGCAUGCGCCAUGCUUGCAUUGUUGCGCUGUUGUGAGGAGGUGGAGCUCUCUGGAGGAGCCGGCUGCUGAAGCUGCAAUGUUUGUCGCCUGAUGUGUGUGGUGUCGCAUGCGCACGACACGCAGCGAGCCCCCCAACAUGGAGGUGGCUCGGUCCACUUUCAACAAAUAUGGAGGGGGCCAAAGAUACCUCGGGCCCAUAGAGUUGGUGUGCCUGUGCAGAUGAUCUCAUUGCUCAAGCUGGGGAUAGAAGAAUUCAAGCGAUUCCUGAGGCACCCUGGACCUAGGUUGAUGGCAGGGUGGGGAGGAAGGAAGGAAGGAAGGAAGGAAGGAAGGAAGGAAGAAAGAAAGAAAGAAAGAAAGAAAGAAAGAAAGAAAGAAAGAAAGGACCACCCAACUAACUAGUCACUGGGAUGCUCUCCAUAGGAUUGCACUUUUCACAUAUCUAAUUGUCUGUCUGUCUGUCUGUCCCUAAUCUCCACCCUGUUCAAAAAUAAAACUUCCUAGGCCUGUGUAAUGAGAUGAUGAGCCACUAUAUGAUGUGUGUAUUUCUUUACAUGCUUGCCUGUCACAAUACUGAUUGUUGAAGUGCAAAGUGGAAUCAGGGGCAGAGUUGCUUUUGCAUGAUAAACGACUGUAUAUUGACAAUUUCUUUCAAUCAAAUGACUACAUUGUAAAUGUUAAGAGCAUGCAUCGGCUCUGCUUGUGGACCGGAAUAUUGUUAUUUGUAUUUCUAGCCUACUUUCUAGUUGAAUGAAUCCCAAAGCGGCUUACAAACAAUAAACAGUGUUCGAUACUCCCAUUGUUCUAAGCGCAUUUUGCGACAGGGAGUUUCAUUAGCGCGAGGGGUUUCUGACCUCUGGGCGGAGAUUUCAAAUAAAAACUGCAGAGUAGAAGGAAAGGAGGACCUUUUUUCUGCCUCCCCACUUCCAUCUACUCUCUGAAGCCUGGAGAAGAGACCCUCUUAAGAAUAUUAGGGGGGUGGACAGGGGGAAGAACUAGACCAUGUGAAAAAUGAACAUAAUAUUUUAGCUGCAGUUCAUUCAUUUUCAGCUUUGUAUUCUUGUUGUAACAAAAGUGCACCUAGACAUUCCGUUGUUGCGCCCAUAACCUAUGUUUAAGGUGCCAUUUAGCUCCUGGCUUUCAUAUCUCAGUUUCUAACACUGACAAUAAAUAACAGUAACAGAACAUUGCAAGUACAGCAUAAAUCAUGUAAGAUUCUUAACAAAUCACUUGAAAAAUAAUUACAAUCUGUAAAACACCAUUAGCAAAGCAGCAACUGAAAAAUAAGAGGUAAAUGGAAUUGAUUUGGUUGCCUUUCAAAGCGUGUGUCUUUUUUUGGAGAGAGAAAUGAAAGUUGUCCAUGUUAGGAUGUUGAAACAAUUCAUAAUUCUGCACCACUGUGCUGCUGCUGGUGGCACUGUGAAAUAGACUUAAUCGUGUUUAUUGUCUAGGGUGCAAUGCCAUCAUGAUGAAUCAUGAAAGCGGAUGAGAACUGGGAAAACAUUGCGUGCUAUGCAGUACUUAAAAGCAUUAAACAAUUAUGAGGAGCCUUAUCCAAAUAGGAAAUAAGAUUUCCCCACUUCCCUAGAGACCUUUCAUCAAUGGUUCCCUGCAGCUGCUCUGAAAUAAACAUUCAGACCCGAGACUUCAUCUGUAGGGAGCUGUGGGGGUGGAGGGAAAUAAAGGUGGAAAAUCUGCAGAGCAUUAUUGGUCUGCAAUGGGAUAUAAGGUCAAGAAUGGGUAGGUCACUAAGCUAUUUCCCCUUUGUUCCAGCCUGUUGGCAGGCAGUGCCGAGGAUCCUUGCUUUGCCCCGGGCACUUGCAACCCAUGCUACACCACUUCCUCAAGGGUCAUCUUGUACAACCCCUGCAGUAUAGAAAUCACAGCUUAAGAAUCCAUGAUAGAUGCUUUAAAACUUUCAAUGGAGGAGAGUCCAUCACUUUCUAAAGUAGUCAGUUCCACUGUCAUUUCUAAUGGUUAGUGGGAAUCUCCUUUCUUGAAACUUGAAUCCAUCGGUCUGGGCCCUACCCUCUGGAGCAGCUUAAGCAAAACGUUUCGAUUUCCACCUUCUCUGAUCUGAUCUGCUCUGAUGUGAAUGAAGCAGAGCUGUGGCUGCAGUGGCAGUUAUAGAACACCGAAGAUGGAACGUCCAGGACAAAAUGGAGCAUUUGCCGUAGCUGAGCGAUGAUCUUCCAGGCUGAACAAACCUCAACAGAGGAUAACAGGACCUUAACUGCUGUGGUGUCCCAGCAUUUUGGAGAGUCGGUUGAGAUGGACAGUCCUUAACGCAACAUGUUAAAGCAAAAGGUACUUUGUUAAUUGAUAUAUGGUAUACAUAUAUGGGGAUGCGUGUGGCGCUGUGGGUUAAACCACAGAGCCUAGGACUUGCUGAUCAGAAGGUCAGCGGUUUGAAUCCCGCGACGGGUGAGCUCCCGCUGCUCGGUCCCAGCUCCUGCCAACCUAGCAGUUCGAAAGCACGUCAAAGUGCAAGUAGAUAAAUAGGUACCGCUCUGGCGGGAAGGUAAACGCCGUUUCCGUGUGCUGCUCUGGUUCGCCAGAAGCAGCUUAGUCAUGCUGGCCACAUGACCCGGAAGCUGUAUGCCGGCUCCCUCGGCCAAUAAAGCGAGAUGAGCGCUGCAACCCCAGAGUCGGCCACAACUGGACCUAAUGGUCAGGGGUCCCUUUACCUUUUAUACAUAUAUGUAUACACAGGAGCACAUCUAUACUUGUGCACACCCCCACUGGACACCACACCAUGUGAUUGGACGUCGCAUGCAUUGCUCCACCUACUUUUGUCUGUAGCCACUCCCAUUACCGCUCAUCAGGGAAGGUGACCCUUAGAUUUUUUUAAAAAGCAUCUCAGCCCCUGUUCUCUAAAGGGACUUCCCAGAUUCGUGCUGCUGAAAGGUCCUGGACCUAGUCUGCUUGGAGCAAUAGCCAGUGUUUGUCAAGGUUAGAGCAGACCUACUGAAAUUAAUGGCUAUGAGAAACUUCCAGGAAGCCUCUACAACAGCUGCGCGGAUGCUACUUGCUCAAAGAUGGAAGGAGGACAAAUUACCUAUAACAGAAGAAGGGUUGAGAAAGAUGAUAGACUAUGUAUGCCAAAAUGGUGAAAAGGACCUGGAAAAUCAGAGAUCAAGAGGACAAUAAAUUUAAUAAAGAAUGGGGAAAUUUUAUAAGUUACUUGAAAAACACUGUAAACAAUUAAAAACAAUGGCAGUAUUUAAAAACAACAACACCUGCAAUGAAGGGAGAAUUAGGAUAAAAAUGGAGUUUUAAGAAAAUACGGAAAAUAUGGUACAAUACAGUUUGAAAAGAAUAUCCAGGGAAACCAUGGGGGGAGGGACAGAAGUUCUAGGAUUCUGAGAAUCCUAUUUGGAAAACAAUUACGAUUUAUGGGUGGUGAUAAUUGUUAAAAGUGAAAAUGAAUAAAAUAAAAUAAAUAAAUAAAUAAAUGCACUGCAAUGAAGAAAAAUAAUGGGGGUGGGGGGGUGGGAGAGAAACUUCCAGGCAGCCUCUGCUGAGCUCUCCUGGACACAAGUAGUAAGUUGCUCCCUCUAGCGGCCAACAUCUUGUCCCAGAAAUAGCUGUCAUUCUAACAGAAGGGCUCAUCCACAUUCCAUUUGCCUUGCUGCUUCCCCCCAGGAAAACCUGCAGCUUACCUCUGAAUUGGAACAAACAGCAAUCAGGUUUUCUGCAGGUGGCCAUUUGUUCUGAUUUAGAGCUAAGGAAUGACGGAAAGCAGCAGGGCGAAUGCAAAAGCACAGGAUAAGGGGAAAACCUCUCAAAUUAAUGCUUUCUAGGCAGGGGACCAGCAGAAGUGAGGACAAACCCUAAGAGGGAUAUGUGUGGAUGCUGUCCAGUUUGUCCUCCUUUGUAAAGCUGCUAUUGCUGUGAUGAUAUUACUGUAUCUUGGGCUGAGUCCCUUUGAUGGGGUGGGAGGGGAGCAGGGCAGAAGGCAGGGAAAGUGUUUGGCCGCUCUCAUUCCCUUUCCAGAAAGCGUUUCUCUGCUUUGUACUGUGGAAUGGCCCUGGCAUAGUCAGAGACAUCAUUGCACCCCUGUGGUUUGAAUCUCAGUCCUGGCCUGGAAUUAUGAACACUCCUCUGAGUGUCUGCCUCCUUGCCAUCUCCAUAGCUGUGGGUGAGCAUGUUCGGCUCCUUGAGAUGGGAGGUCUUUGAGAUCUUUUUUUGGUCGGGGGUUGCUGACAAUACCCAGCUUGUGUCAAAGAGCAUCAGCAGUGGCUACUCCUCUCACCUGGAGCAGGAAUGAAUGUCCCUGCUGGUGUCUUGCAGAUGAAAAUGGCGACAUGCCUGUUCAACGUGCCUGUUUACACAAUAAAUAAUUUUGAGAUGACAUUUCUUGACUGAGAACCUCUGGCUAGGUUUCAUCUCUCUCUUGUGGCCUGUUUUGAGUUCUGCUUUGCUUUUUUGCUUUCCAACCUUUUAGUUCACCCUCCUCAAAAAUGUACCUCAAAUCUUGGGGUUCCCCAGAAUAUGCUGAUACCUCCCUCUUGUUUCUCAGUAGCCCUAUUCUUCCUAUGCAGCCAUUACCCAUCAGCAACUAUGUUUGCUGUUAGAGGAAGUGACAAAGUCAUUUUCUGGCUACAGAGGCCCCCAAGAAAGCUGCAUUUAAAACAAUGACGUUUAAAGCAAGCAAAGGAAGCCCGCUUUGGGUAGACUGGUGCUAAAAAGAUGUUUAAAGUAAUUCCCUAAUGCCAAAAACUAGCUGGAGGGUCACCAUCUGCUUGGCUGAGAAGGCAGACUCCUGGCAGCAACCAUUCCAUCAACUGAGGGAGGAAGAGAUGGGAAGCAGGGCUGCUCCAUCGGUCCAGUUGAAAGACCCGCAACUUUUGGUUCCUUAAUUAUGAUCCUUGAACUGUUUCCAUCCCAGCUGGUCACCAAAAGAGCAUGUAACAAAGAACAGGCAACUGAACUAGAUUUCCUUCUUCCUCCUCCCUUCCCAUCUCCUUUUGCUUCAUGUCUUUUCAACAGUGUCAUGUAGGGUUGCCAUAUUUUGAAGAGCAAAAAUGAGGACACAUUUGCCGACUUCUACUUUUAACUGUGGAUUGCUAUGAUGACUCAUUUUACAUAUCCAUGAACAAGAGGGUGUGUCUUGGAAAAAGAGGACAUAUGGCAACCCUAGACUGAGGGCAGGGGCCAUCUUGUUUUUAACAGAUCUAUAAGCCCCUCUGGAAGCCUCUUUUGCCCAAGAGGAGCAGGCUAGUUGUUGUUUUUUAAAAAAUGAAUCAAUAAACUCAACAAUGAAGAAGGCCAUUUCUCCCAGUACCUCAGCAUCAGAGGUAGGAUGGAACCCUGGUAAAGGCCCUCUAGUUACUAUGACAGUAGAUAGGCAGAUGCAAGCAGACAUUCAGUUAGGCUCUCAGGUCUAAGAACUCCCUGUUUCCCCUGCAUUUUAGGGGAUUAUACGCUGGACGAGAGUUGUAGCAACAGCAGUGGGACCUCUACUGGUUCUACAGCGCUUUGUUCCAUUGGUUUUGACAAACUGUGCACCCUUCAAUUGGAGAGCACAGGGGGUAAGCAUGCAAGACAAACAUUCAGAAACCACCCCAGUUUUCCCUUCUGUUGGCAGAUAUAGCUUGAUGAUCUAUACCAAUCACUCUUCAGAGUAAAGUAUUCCUUCUCCGUGUUGGCACCCGCUGCAGAUAUUAAUAUUGCACAGUUUGAAGUGACUGGAAGCAUAAGAAUGGACUCUUUUUGGAAGAAAUCAUUGUCCAAACCCAUAAAAUGUUUAUGCAAAGUUUGCUUACAGAACUUUCUUCAGAAACAUAGCAAAAUACAGUAAAGGAUACAUCCAAAAUAUCCAUAAGAUUUUGUGCAAUGUCCAGCACUGGCUCAGUAUCUUCUUAGAAAUAAGAGAUAAUUUCAAAAAUCCGAGCUGUGUCUCUUCCCCACUUCUAGCCUGCUCUGUAUUCUGCCUAAGUCCAUGCAGAUUCUUGGAGAGAUUCAUUUACAUCCUUACUCUCAGAGAGCUCAAGAGGAAAAAAUCCAGCCACCACCCUUCCAAGAUGGCGAAUUUGCAACUCAAUACCUUCACCACAUGAUCAAAGCUUGCAACACUCACAUGUUAGAUGGCAGAAAACAACAAUUACAGUCGUACCUUGGAUCCCAAACGCCUUGAGAGUCAAAUGUUUUGGCUCCCGAAUGCUGCAAACCCAGGGUGCAAUUCUCAGAGUGGGGUAGCAAGCGAUCCUACUUCACAGAGAACUCUGGGAAUUGCUACUCUGUCAGGAGAACAGGGGUUUUCUAACAACUCUCAGGACUACAGUUCCCAGAAUGUGUUGGGAGAAGCCUUGACUUAUUCAGAUUGGCAUAACACUGUCUUAAAUGCAUAAUGCAGAUGAGGCCUUAGUUUAGUAUCACCCAUUGUACCUGAAUGCACUCUAGACUUUCACUUCACCCCAGUAUACAUAUUUUAAUUUCCCUCUCUGCCCCAUAUUGUCAUGACCUGAUUUUUACUGGACUCCUUUCUUGGAUUACUGGGUUGGAGGUGGAGCUUGUCAAAUGCUAAGACUUUCCCCUCAUUAACCAUUUUAAUGAGUUGGUCAUAUGGAUUUGAAUUCUGUGGUGGACAACAUCAAGUGAGAAAAAUGCUUUCUGAACUACAGAUGCUGCGUACAUCCAACACUCCCGUCAGUGACUGAAAUAAAUUGAUUCAUUUAUAUAGCCAAAGCACAUGGUUCUGCCCCCCCCCAUAAAAGAAUCCUGGGAACUGUAGUUUGUUGAGGAUGCUGGGAUUUGUAGCUAUCUGAUGGGCAAACUACAGUUCCCAUGAUUAUUUUGGGGAAAUAAUGUGGUUUAAAUAUAUGGGGUGUAAAUGCUGCCUUUGUCUCAUGGCUAGAUUUACUGGAUAAGAAACACCUUCCCUUCCCCUCUCUUUUCUGUGUAGUUUUUCAGUUUUGCAUUAUUCUCUAUAUAUGUGUGUGUGUGUAAAUAUCUGUGAUUGGGUUGAAUGACAGGCGAUCUAGAUGAUCCCAGGGCUCUCAGGGGGCAGAGCUGUGUCUUCCUGUGAAAAGAUAAGAAUCCCUACCUCGCCUCUCCAUCCUUCCCAAUGAUCUUCCCCUUGAAGCAACACUGCACAGAAUGGAAUCCUAGGAUUCAAUCCUGCAGGGUGCAGAAUGCUGCUCCUUUGCGAAAGGUGUUACCUGCAGAGAAGAUAGUUGAGUGUGAGCAUCACCACACAGGUUGGACUCUUCCGUUCACCAGCUGGAAGGAACCUAAGGACUCGAUUCUGCCGGGUACAUUCCCAUAUAUAUAUUUGAAGACUUUAUAAAUCACCUUUGAUUUUGAAAAGAAAGGUGGCCUUUCAUGCUUUUUAUAUUUUCCUAGAAGCACCUUUUAAAGACAUAUUUAAAUAAAAUCCAUCUUUUUAUUCCUGACUAGGCAGAAACACACAUACAGAAUCAUGUCAUUUUAAAUAGUCACAAUGGCACAUACUGCCCUAAAUCUGCCUCUGCCGUGUUAUUCCAUCUCUGCUUUGUUCAAAUUUCUGCUGUUGUUUAAAACUGCCAAAUAAAAACCUGCCUUCUCUUUUGUUCCCCUCUUCUGACUUCAAGAAAAUUCAUGACUGUUAGGCAGUACUGUAAAUUCUCCAGGGGGCGCUGCAUGAUGACAGCCUUACAUUCACACACACACACACACACACACACACACACACACACACACACAGCCUAUGCCUCUUCCACUAAAAAUGGGGUAUCCCUGCCAGUUAGGGUUUAUCCAGACUCUUGUGCCACAGCAUUCCACAUUUUAGCACUCAGUAGGGAGCAAACAGCAAUUCAGCUUUUCCUCGGAUCAACAUUUUCUUCUGAUUUAUCGCUAAAGUGUGGGUUUGCCCUGGGAAAGGAGUGGGGCAAGGGGGUAAACCACUUGGACCUGUGCUUUCCAGGAAGUGAGGAUGAUCUCUACGUCCCUAGGAAGCUGCCUUAAACUGAGUCUGACCACUUGUGCAUCUAGCUCAAUACAGUGGUACCUCAGGUUACAUACACUUCAGGUUACAGACACUUCAGGUUACAGACUCCGCUAACCCAGAAAUAAUACCUUGGGUUAAGAACUUUGCUUCAGGAUGAGAACAGAAAUUGUGCAGCGGCGGUGCAGCGGCAGUGGGAGGCCCCAUUAGCUAAAGUGGUGCUUCAGGUUAAGAACAGUUUCAGGUUAAGAACGGACCUCCGGAACGAAUUAAGUACUUAACCCGAGGUACCACUGUAUUGACAUAUUGAGCGCUCCAGGGUUUCAGGCAGGGAUAUUUCCCUGCCCUACCUGAAUCUGGGACCUUCAGAACAGAUGUUCUACCACUGAGCUACAGCUUCUUCCCAAAGAGCUUGGAUCGCUCCGUUGGUUAGAACGUGGUGCUGAUAACGCCACAGCUGCAAGUUCGAUCCCCAUAUGGGACAACUGCAUACCCUUGCUAUUGCAGGGUCCCUUUCCAACUCUACCAAUCUACAGUUCUAUGAAUUCAGUCCAGUGGAUUUACUUUUUUAUUCCUACCUUUUAUAGCUUUUAUAUACCAAUUCCAUAAAUACAAAUUGCAGAAAAGCAAACACACACACACACACACACACACACACAACUUAUAUAAUUAUGUGUAUAUAAAAAACUGGCUUCUGUUUACCUAGGAAAAUUAUCUUUCCCCACAUAAUUAAAUAAGCACAACAUAGGUUCGGGUCUGAGAUUUAAUUGGGAACAUGUCAUAAAUUAUUAUUCCCCCCCCCCUUCCAAAACAAUUACUUUUUUACAUGUGCAGCACCACACAUGAAACAGUCUCCCCUUUUCCGCUGGCAAAUCCAAAAUUUAUCUUCUCUUAUAUUAUAUAUUUGAGUCUCCAGAUACCCACUAUGCCCCUUGUCGAAGGGCUCACUUACCCUUGACCUAUGAGGGGUCUGAGAGAUGUUUCUUUUGUCCCACCCCUUUCCCUAGGAAAACCUGCUGUUUACCAUUGAAUCUGCACAAAUGCCAGUGGAUUAACAUAUGUUCUGAUUCAGCAGCAAGCAGUGGGGAAGUAGUGGGGCAAAAGAAAAAAAUCUCAUGGACCCAUGCCUGGAAAUCAUGGGACAAAAUGGAAGAAAACACGGAACGAACAGAAAUGUAGAUGACCCCUAACAGUAGUAUUUACGUUUCUCCGCAUCAAUGCAGUUAACUAACAUUGUUAUCCAUUCAGUUCCCUCUCAAGCUUCAUUCCUUGCAUGCAUUUCAAUGGAGCCCCGUCAUGUUAAAUGGCAUUGCAGCUCCCAUUAUUUCCUACGGACAGUCUUCUCAUUCAUUUUAGUGCAUCCUCACCUAGCCUCCAACAAAAGUUCAUCUAUCAGUCUUGGCAGGGAGGGAGCAAAUGGCUAAUGAAAGAAUUACCUCUUGCAAUCAGUUCAGAGCCAGAUCAUGAAUUGCCUCCAAACUUCAUCCCCCGUUCCCCCUUUGGUACCUCCAUUUAAUUUAUUCUUUCCCAUCAACACACUAUCCUAAAAGCAGAGUAAUGGGGCUGCAUGCGUCCAAUGUGCUUGCACAAAGCUUACACAGAGGUAAGAUGAAGGAGCCUAUGGGGAGCGUUUGUUCCAAUUUGUUUUGCAGGAAGGUUAGACUUCAAUGAUAAAUCCAAAUCCUGGUUUGCAUUUGCGGCGGUUGGUGAUACAUCUUUAUCAAUCAUUUGUUCCACUUCUUUUCCACCCCACAAAAAGUCCUAAAGAGAGAGUAGAUUUGUUGCGACAGAACGCUUUAAUCCACUUUCACUGGGCAAUAUCUGGGAUGUGAUCGAAUCCCUCUUUGCAAAGGACUGCUAGCCUGGAGGCAAUCCUAGAGGAGGCGAAGAGCGAUGAAGGAAACGGCAGUGGAGAUCUCCAGCUCGAAGUGGAAAAGAGGCAGAAGAAGAACCUGCAGCCUUCUCUCACAUGUGAUCCCACCUCUCUCCUUCCUGCUUUAGACUCUGAAAAGCAAACUCUAAAACACCCAAGUGUAACAUCCACAGUUGCAACCGCUUCUUGUCCACAUCGGUGAUUUUUCCAAGCUGCAGCUGCCUCCCUCUCCCUCUCUUCAGCUGGCAAUGACAUUCAGACAGGAGGAGGAAGGUCUUUAAAAUAAGGGAGGGAGGAUAGGUGGGAAAGAGGGGGGUGGGGGAAGCACGGAAUCAUAGGGAAGCUACAGCAGAGGAGGGGGCAGGGAAUUCACUCUCACGCCUGCUGUUUCUGAGGUUGAAAUUUCUAAAGCUGAUGAAGGGUCUAAGAGAGGUAAUAGGAAGCGAACAUAGGCUCCACACACAAAAGCACUGGAAUUCCUCCAGAGAAAGCAUGUCUCCCCUUCCCCUUUUUAAUAACUUUCCAGAAAGUAGUAAAUAACAAUUAAAACAAUCUUUCCCUUCAAAGAAGUUUUUUGGCUUGUAGAUGGCUGUUUUAUUGCACUGGUUUUUGGCUGCUUCUUUUUUAACCACUUCAGCUUCUUUGGUUUAUCAGAGUCACUCUGCUGCGGAUGUUUUUUCUUUUCUUUUUCCAUCCUGUGGUGUUGUAGCAUUUUAAUGUAUCUUUGAUGUUGUAAGUGAUGCUUGAAGUAGUUCAUCUGGGGUUGGAUUUUUAUGUGGGCCCCUUUCCGCUCUUUGUGAGAAAGGGCAAGGUACAAAUGUUUUUUAAACAAGGAAGGAACUGAACAGACCUGACUUCAGCAGAACCCAGGGUUCAAACCUGUUCUCUGUCAAAACCUGAACGCAGCAGAAUCUGCAGAUUGACUAUGUAGACAGGAAGCCUCUUGGAUAUUUUGUUUGCUGAUGCUCCUUGGACCCAGUAUGUCCAAGCCCCCUUUUACUCAGGGUUUAUGUUCCAAGGCGCUGCACAUUUAAGCGAAAUCUUGUAUAUUUGAAGAAUUAAAUGGCCUCGGUCCAGUAUACCCGAAGGAGCAUCUCCACCCCCAUCAUUCUGCCCGGACACUGAGGUCCAGCUCUGAGGGCCUUCUGGGGGUUCCCUCGCUGCGAGAAGCCAAGUUACAGGGAACCAGGCAGAGGGCCUUAUCUGCAGUGGUGCCCGCCCUGUGGAAUGCCCUCCCACCAGAUGUCAAAGAGAAAAACAACUACCAGACAUUUAGAAGACAUCUGAAGGCAGCCCUGUUUAGGGAAGCUUUUAAUGUUUAAUAGAUUAUUGUAUUUCAAUAUUCUGUUGGAAGCUGCCCAGAGUGCCUAGGGAAACCCAGCCAGAUGGGCGGGGUAUAAAUAAUAAAUUAUUAUUAUUAUUACUAGUGAAGAAACCUGCAAACACUCCGUUCUGCCCCUGCCCCCUUCCAACCCUUUUUGUGACAUUAUCAGGUCACUUCCAGGUUUUGGUGUGAUGCAUGUGUGUGCAGUCACACACAUAUUGAAUGCACAUAGAUGGGUUCUCUGUAUAGCACUUAUGGAACAUUUAGCUCAUCGUUGGAGGGUGAUAAGAGGAAGGCAGCCCUGUUUAGGCAGGUUUUUGAUGACUGAUGUUUUAAUGUAUUUUUCAUCUUUUGUUGGAAGCCUCCCAGGGUGGCUGGGGAAACCCAGCCAGAUGGGUGGGGUAUAAAUAACAAAUUAUUAUUAUUAUUAUUAUUAUUAUUAUUAUUAUUAUUAUAUUACCAAUGGUCUCCAUUGGAGAGAGACUUUCUGUUCUUCAGCAGGCAAUGGUGUUUCCAUCUAGCCUUUCCCAGACUAUGACUUUGAGGACAGCAGCAGCAGCAGCAGCUAGGAAGAGAGUAGUUCAGGGAUAUGUACAUAUUUAAAUAGUCUUAUAAGUUGUGCUUCUUUGUUUCUCAGUUUGAUCCUUUUACAUGGUUUUGUAUGUUUUGUCGUAUUUUAUGCAUUACGAUUUGCUGUUACUUUCAUUGAUUAUAUAUUGGUAAUUCUUUAUUGUGGUUGAACUGUUUAAUUAUUUGCUGAUAUUUCAUUUUACUCUUUACUAUUAGAUUCUAAUGGAUCAUUGACUGUUGCUAUGUUUGAUAAAAGUUGUUUAUUUUAAAGUUAUUGUGACUUUUAUAUUCGGUCAGAUGGUUACUAUUAAUGUUUGAUGUUUUAUUAUGUUUUUAUGUCUUGGAAGCCCCCCAGAGGGGCUUGGGCAAUCCAGUCAGAUGGGCAGGAAAUGAAUGAAUGAAUGAUUGAUUUAAUAUCAUUUGCGUUAUUAAGUGACGUAAUCUCCCAUCUCAGACACAGCAGCCACUAGGGAAAAAUAAUCUUAACACUUGUUAAGGAAAUGCCCAAACUUUCAGUUUCCCGACUUAGCUAGAACCUGGUCUUGUGGGUCAGGGGCACCAGAUCCUGCCCAACUUUGUGGGUGCCCGGCAUGGGCCUAUGACAUCACUCGCACGGCACAUGUGUGAUGUCACACAGUAGGAGGAGGCCCAACUAAGUCCGUCGUGGCCAUGGGAAGGCCCAGCGAGGCCCAUUGUAGCCUCCAGGAGGCCUGUUGCAGUCAGAGGCUUACCACCACUGCUAUAAACUAAUACGUAGCAAUGAAAACAGAGUUUAGACAGGAAACAUCUUUUCCUGUUGCAUGUUAGUAACAGUUCUUCAGUUUCCUCCUAAAGUGAUGGUGGUUUUGGUCUCUGUAAACAUUUGGAAAAUGCCCUGACAUUGAAUAGAACAAUAUUUCUUUAGUUCCCUCUAAGCUACUUCUUGUAAAAGCUGCUGUGACCCUACUUGUUACUCACCCUUUUGGUUUUGAGAACUGGGAAGAGAAUGGGUGUAGUAUUGUUUAAGGCAGGCUUCCUCAACCUCGGCCCUCCAGAUGUUUUGAGGCUACAAUUCCCAUCAUCCCUGACCACUGGUCCUGCUAGUUAGGGAUAAUGGGAGUUGUGGGCCAAAAACAUCUGGAGGGCUGAGGUUGAGGAAGCCUGGUUUAAGGCUCCUUCCUGUUUCUGAGAAGUGUUUCUCUUUUCUUCUGCAAAACUCCCAGUUGCAGAAGAAUCAGAGAUGGUAACCUACAGUCAGUGUACCAAGGGUUUUAGAACAAAUUUUUGAAUUUGGAGAGGUAGCAGGUUUCAGACUUGACAAAAAUAAGACAAAAACAAGGCAACAGAGGACUAUUGCCCUUAUUUCCUGUUUGCAGGCUUCCCAUGGGCAUCUGAUUUUCCUCCAGAGAUGAGUCAUAAUUUUCUUGAGUGAGGGGCAGCCCCACAGUUUGAGUACCUCUGGGCCAAGGGUAGACAACAUAAUGCCCUCCAGAUGUUGCUGGCCUCCAACUCCCAUCAUCCUUGACUGUCAGCCAGGUUGGCUGGCUAGCUGCAGCUGAAGGGUUUUGAAGUUGUUGUGUAGACACUCGAUUCACCUUGAGCUCUUUAUUCUGGGGAGUAAUCUCUGAUCUCACGAGAGGAAGAGAGCCCUCCAAACACCAUCCAGAGCACAGCAAUAUUUAUGCAUUGCUGAUCGCACGAAACACAGAGACUUCCUCAAAUAUAACAUGGAAAAUUUGAAGCAAUAUUUCAAGAUGUUCCAAAAUAGAUGCUCGCCCUUUAAAUUCAGCUUGCAUAGCAGUUUCUGCUGCUGUUACUGGCAGUUGGGGGUAAAACAUGCUAGAAUAUUUUUGCACAACUUUUAUUUGUAGCUAAGCAGUACAUGGAUAAUCAAACGCCAUCCUUACCGUCCAUUCCGUGUUACUUUCACUUCUCUGAUUGACUAAGGCUAGGUUCAAUAUUCUUGAUCCUUAAUCCUGAGCCAAACUUUAUUGAUUUCUCUAACAAAGUAUAGCAAUAUUUGGAGGUAUAGGAGCCAACUCCUAAGGGCCAAGGUCCGUUUGACACCCCCCCCCCAUAAAAUAUCUGAGGGAGCUGCCUCCCCGCCCCCAAGUUGAUGGGCAUUGCCAUUCAAAUGGUGUGUGCGCACACCGUGUUGUCUUGUGGUUGAUUAUGUGGAGUGAGGAUUACCUACUUAUUUAUGCUACAAUUGCCACAUAAUAUUUCUUCUGCAUUUGUGAUAAAUUGCCUUUUGAUUGUGGCAGCAGCUAAACUCUGGAACUCCCUGCCGAUCGACAUCAAGCAGGCAUCUUCAAUGUGCUCUUUUUGGUUCCUGCUAAAAAAAAUUGUUUGUUUAGGCAAUCAUACUCAGAUAUGCAGAAUGUUGACACACGUGUUAAUGUGGGUGUUUUUGUUUAAAUGUUUUUAAAUGUUUCAAAUACAGUGGUACCUCGGGUUACAUAUGCUUCAGGUUACAUACGCUUCAGGUUGCAGACUCUGCUAACUCAGAAAUAGUACCUCGGGUUAAGAACUUUGCUUCAGGAUGAGAACAGAAAUUGUGCUCCGGCGGUACGGCGGCAGCAGGAGGCCCCAUUAGCUAAAGUGGUGCUUCAGAUUAAGAACAGUUUCAGGUUAAGAAUGGACCUCCGGAACGAAUUAAGUACUUAACCCAAGGUACCGCUGUACUUGAUGAUUUCAUUGGUUUAGUGUCUUUGUAAACAGCUUUGAGGGUGAUGUUUCCCUUUCUUCCAAUCACGUUGUAUAUAAAUUUUACGAAAUAAAUAAAUUCCAUCCAGUUUUGCCCCUGACCACUGUUGGCAUGCCCUGCACCAAAAAAAAGUUUGAAGGAAAUGUGGCUUUCAGACUGAAAAGGUUCCCCCCCACCUUGCUGAAUCUGAUCAUCACACAAGUUCCUGCUGAUGCAAGCAGGGAAGUGAUUACUCCUGGAGCUCCUGAAGGAGUGCCUCACCCUGAAAAUACAAGUCUUGUAGCAGUGAGCAUCAGAGCCUGACCUCCUAUUUGUCUUCAUUUUUCAGGGCGCUUCUCAGGGUGCUGUUUCCAGACUUUUUCCAGUCAAAAUGUUCCUCAAAUGCACCAAGGUGCUGGAUUCUUCAGAGCUGCUUCUCUGCAGGCAGACUUCGUCGCAAAGCAACAGGGCAGCCACUGCAAAUGAGAGAAUUUAUAAUAUUCAAAGGGCACAGCCCUGUAAUCAAAAUACUAAUAUAACAAAUGAUACCCGAGGUACGGGAAUUGAUUCCUGUUCCCUUGCUGAUUAACCACGCAGGUGCAUCAUUUCAGUUUACCUUAUACAAGGUGAUAAACAUGCAGAAAUAUUAUUCAGCUACCUCUUUUCUGACUGACUCCAUUCUACUGGUUCUAAACCAACUCAUUUUGGGGGCUAUGUCCACAGGAAACAUGUUGACCUUUCAAAAUGUCCUGCCUUGCCCUCCAGUGGUAUUAUGGCAAGCCAAGAGAGUUGUGUGCAUCCUUGAGUGCUGCCUCCCAAUGGUGAUAGAGGUAAUUAAUGAUCUGUUGCAUUCUUGGAGAGUUUCCUGCCUUCCCCUAUAUGGCGCUGUUCAGUUGUUGUUUGACUCAUCCCCCCUGACCAUUGGCCAUGCUGGUUGCGAUUUUUGGAGUCCAAUAACAUCUGGAGGGCACAAGGCUGAGGAAGGCUGCACUGUUAGGUGAAAGGUGAAGGAAUGUCAAGGACUGUGCUGAGGAGGGCUGCACUGAGGAGGAAUGGUGGGGGAGCCACCCCCUCCCCCUGAUUCUGAUCCUGAUCCUGAAUCUUCCCAGGAGCAGGGGGACAGUAUAGAUUUGGAACAGUAGUUUGCAGAGGGGCAAAGUUCAGAAGGCAGAAUCUGGGAAAUGCUGGAUGGGGAACAACUAGGAGAUGAAACACUGGAAGAGAGAGGGUUAACAGAUUCACAGUCAUUAUACAGCAUUCUUCUGCUCUCCCCAAGGUUGAGAAGAGCUCAGAAAGUCUCAAAACAGAAAGCGCAGAGGGUACAAGCUCAGAUUACAAAAUGCAGAAGUAGAUUAAUAGAGACGGAGGUGGUGUGGACCUUAAUUGGGAGCACCACCAUUCUAGGAGAUGUGUCCUUUAUUCUCUCACUGUAAUUAUUAAAGAUUCUAACUGGUAA